UAAUAAAUGAUAUAAAAAUUAAUACUUCUAUCUAUCCUAAUCUUUUAGGCAACUUAAUUUGAGUUGAGGUAAAGUGAAUAGGGAAUUGAUGUUUUACUUACUUAUAGUAAUGAAAUGAUUAACUCUUAAAAUGAUCUUAAUUUAAACUUAAUAUUAUCGGAAACAAGGAAAGCAAAAAUUACAAGGUUUAUAGGAAUAACUUUUAAUGAAUUUGAUAUGAGGGAUAAGGAUUUUACUGCUAGUAGUAAUUAUCAAAUAAGUGUUGAACCUCCUAUUAUUAAAUAUACUUCGGAUGAUUCAUACGUUUCUUCCUUUGAUUUAAUCUUAACUAAUAUAAUAAAUCCAUCAAAUCCUGGAUAAAAAAAUAUAUAAGUUGGUAUUUUUAAUGGAUAAACAAUGCUAACUAUAUUUUUAGUAAUAGAAAUAAAGGGCAUUUAAUUGAAAUCUAGUAUAUUAGGAAAAGGUGUUACAUUUGAAAGAUCAAGUAUUUAAUUAUCUUUUGAAUUGGACUUUUUUAGCCUAUUACAAAUGCCAAUAAUGUUUGUAGACUUAUAAAUUUAAUUAGAGUUUCCAGUUUUUACAAGUCUUUAUAUUUCCUGUUCAGAUUUUAUAGGUUUAUCAUAAAACUAAUUCUGCAGAUCAAAAGGCAAUAUAAUUUAUGUUUAAAAUAGAGAUAGAGAAUUCCUUUAUAAUGAAAGUAAGCAAUCAUUUAUAAUUCAUAAUUUUUCAUUCCCAUCUAAUUUAGAAAUAUAUACAGCCAAUCUUAAAAUUUUUGAAGAACAAAAUAAAAUAGCUGAAGACUAAUUUACCUUUAGUGCAUAUGCUCCAGCAGAAAUUGAAAGAAUAAUAUAAAGUAAAUUUAAAUUAUAAUCUUUUAGCAAGUACAAAUUGUUAUGCUGCUUAAUAAACUCUUUUAAAAUUAUUUUUAGAUUCUUAACAAUAUAUACUUUCUAAAUCAGAUCUUUAAAUAACUCUAUCAUAAAAAUUACUAAUCGAAUAAAUAAUCAUCAAUGAUAUAAAAUAAUCAUUUGUUUAGAAUGAUAAAGUAAUUUAUAUAAGUUAAUUUAAUGAUCAAUAAUUAGAUUAAUUUAAAGUAAAGGUUGAAUUAUAAUUUAUUAAUUUAGAAUAUAAGUCAAAUGUGACAUUCUCUAUUUAAAUUAAUAAAAUUAGCCCAAGUUUAAAAGGAAAUUUUAUAUAUUCUAUAUAACCAAAUGAAUAUAAGAACUUUAUAGUUACUAGAGAUACUGAAAUAGUAGAUGAAGAAACCAAUCUCUAUAUAAAUAUUGAAUUGUAAAAUCCUAUUAUAAAUGGUGAGAUCCAUAUUCAAUUUCCAUAAGAAUUAAAUCUGACUCCUAGUUUGUCUAAAAAUUUAAAUGGAUAAUCAUUUUAAUUUACUUUUAGAAUAAAAAAUCCAUCUACUAUUUGUUAGACAAAUAGAUUUGAAUCGUAGGCUUAUUAAAAUAAUUAAUUUAGAGAGUAAUUAUACAAAAAUGUAAUACUUAUUUAAUAACCAAAUUAAAUAAUUUAAGUUUAAUAAAUAAGUUUUAGUAAUGAAUUCACUUUAAGUAAAUCUAAUCUAUAAAUAUCAUUAAAAAGUGAAUUUGGAAUUAAAAUUUAAUUUGAAAAAUCAAUUAAUUUAAAUGAUAUAACUUGCCAAAAUUGCUUAAAAUUAGAUUCUUCAACAAUUUAAUUAUUAAAAAAUACAGAUGUUAUUAUAAAAGGUAUAGAAACACCUAGAUUAGCAAAAGAAUCAAAUUUUAUAAUUUAAACAUAUGAAAAUUAAUGUUAGAAGAGUUAAUUUGAAUAAAAAUUAUUAUUUAAACCAAAUAAAUUCAAAAUAGUUCCUGAAGUAAUUACUAAAAAAUUAAAUUAAUUAAAUUAAUGGUUAUUUACUUUUGAAUUACCAUGUGAUGUUUUAGAAUCAGAUAAAUUGAAAAUUAUUUAUCCAUCUUCUUUGUUGAUGAAUGAACCUCUCAAAUGUUAAAUCUUACAUAUAAAUUAAAAUCAAUUUGAUUGUAAUAGUAAAAUAAUAAAUUUACCACCUAUCUAAAAAAAAUAAGUAAUGCGACUUCUUAUAUCUUAACCUAAGAAUCCAAUAAAACCUGUAUUAAUAGAAUGGUAAUUUAUUUUAGUAGAUAAAUAAGAAAAUUAGAUAGCUAUUUUCAUUUCUUAAUUUUAAGAUUGGGAAUAUUAAUUAAUUUAAAAUUCUAUGAUAAAUUUGAUAGAUUAUAAAUUUUUAUAAAUGAAAGAAGCAUUAUUAAGAUUUUCAUUAUAAGAUAAGGUAGAUUAGAUUCUGUAUGAUGGUAAUAUUAUAAUUUUUUGUGAAAAUUGUCAAUAACAAUAGAAUUAGUCUGUCAUAAUCACUUAAGAAGGAUAAAAAUUUUUAGAAAUUCCAUUUAGAUUUUUUACAGUUAAAAAUUAAUAUAUCUAUUAAUUCUCAUAUAAACUUACAACCUUUUAUUAAGGAAUUAUUAAAUAGUAAGGAAAUUUUAAAUAAACUAUAUCUUUAUAUUGUUCAACUGAUUGUAGUGAAUGUGAAAGUUUUGAGAAAUGCACAAUUUGCAAAGUUGGAUAUUUACAUAAUUUUUCUUGUUUUAAUGAAUGUCCAAUAAGUUAUUAUGGAUUAAAUCAUUAAUGUUAUCCUUGUUCAAUAGGACAGUGUACUAAAUGUGUGUAUUUGGAUUAAGAAAUAUGUUUAGAAUGCAAUUCAAAUUUAGAUCUCUAUUUAAAUUAAUGUGUUAAUCAAGAUUAUUUUAUAAAUGAAAAUAUUACUAAUUAAACUAACAAUCAGACUGAGCAAAAAGUUGGUUCGAUUACAGUUAAUUAGGUCUUAAAAUUAAAAUACAAUUUUCCUGGUAUUCUUUUAAUUAUAUUCUUAAUUUGCCUUUUUACUUUAAUCGUUAAGAUUUAAAACUAUUCAAGCAUAUCAAAAACUAUUCUUUUUUCAUUAUUUUCUGUCUUAGAAAAUGGAAUUGGCAUUUUUAUCUUUAUUUAGUAAUGAAUAUAUUUUUAUUGUAGUUUUUUAAUAUACUAAUUGUUUGACCUAGCCUUUUUGUCAUUAUCCUUACUGAUCUAUUAAAUAAUAUUGUAAGUAAAUUGCCUAUUAUAACUUAAAACAUACAUAACAUUUGAUUUGAAAUACUAACAGUAUAAAAAAGAUCACUUAUCUGUAAAAAUAGUAUUUUGGAUAUCUUGUGGAUUAAAUUACAUAUUUUUCAUUAUUCAAACUUCUAAAUUAAAUAAAAAUCCUUAAUGGAAUUGCAAAUGGCAAUAUAAAAAUGAGGUUCUUAGAUAAAUUGCAAAUUCACUUAGAUAAUCAUUAGUUUAUUCUAUUUUAUAAAUAACUAUUGUAAUUACAUCAAUCUUAGAAUUAUAGUAAAUUUAAACAACAUUUUUAGAGAUAUUAAGUGUUAAUAUCAUUAAUAUAGGAUUAAAUUUUUAUCAUUAAUAUAAGUAUAACAGUAUGAAUAAAAGAGUUUUAUCGAUAGAAUGA